GUUUCAAUUUUCACGGUGUUUGUGUUUCUUCUUUUCUCUCGCGAACACGCUUCACUCGCCUCACCGGCUUCCUCUUCUUCUCCGAUCGCCGUCGCCGGCUCCACCACUCGCCGUCGCUGGUUUCCUACUUCUCUCUCGCGAAAAAGCGAGAGUCAGUCUGCUUCGCCUGGGUUCUGCUUCUGAUCAAGACCGUGAGCACUUCAUUAUUUCACUAUGAUGAGGCAUAACUGUCGAAGAAGGAGCAUAGAGAGCCUCAAUCUAUCUUCCAUUCUCCCGCACGAUUUGAUCGUUCAAAUUCUGUUAAGGUUACCGGUGAGAUCUCUCCUCCGUUUCAAAUCAGUGUGCAAAUCAUGGCUGUCUCUGAUUUCUGAUCCCCAAUUCGGUAAAUCCCAUUUUGACCUAGCUGCUGCACCCACCCACCGAUGUCUUGUUAAAAUCAAUAAUUUUAAAUUGGAGUCCCUAGAUGUAGAUGCAUCAGUUCUCGAUCAGUCUUCAGAAGUAAACCUCAAAUUUCCAUAUACUGGUUAUGUUAUUUUCCAUAUUCAGAUUUUGGGUUCUUGUAGAGGGUUUAUAGCUCUAGUCCGUGGGGGUGAUGCAAUUGUAUGGAAUCCAUCAACCUGUGUCCAAAGAAAAAUUGCAGAUGACAUUGAAAUGAAGAUUUAUGGACAUCUAUAUGGUUUUGGGUAUGACAAGUCAACCGAUGACUUCUUGCUCGUUUUUAUAGAUUUGAUUGCUUUCGAGUUUUUUGAGGAUGGAACCACUGUAGCUGAGUAUCAUUCUAGCAUUGAAAUUUUUUCCUUGAAAACACCUUCCUUGUUUUAUCCAGAGCCUAUUCCAUAUGUGAAACCGGAGGGAUUUAAUAGCAGUUAUCUUGGGUUCUUCUUGAAUGAGGCCCUGCACUGGUUGGUUACAAAUGCUGAAACCUAUCUUCAUGCAAUCAUUGCGUAUGAUUUGGUAGAAAGGAGUUUGUCAGAGAUUCCUUUGUCACCGAUUUUAGCUGCGAAAUUACAACAUCAAGUAUAUUAUUUGAGGGUCAUGGAGGAAUGUCUCAGCCUAUGUUACCCUGGUGAUGCGACUUCAAUGGCUGAGAUUUGGAUGAUGAAAGAAUAUAAAGUGCAGUCAUCUUGGAUGGACUAAGUUAUUUGUUUUUUCUACUUAUAACAUUCCCAAAUACUCCUUUUGUCCAUUAUGUUUCACCAAAAAUGGUAGAAUUUUUGGAACAAAUGGCUUAGACAGAUUUGUUAUACUUAAUGACAAAGGAUGGCUGCUUGAUCAGUGCACAACUUGGCCCGAUUACCCUUUCCAUUUUAUUUCUUUACCAUAUUGCAGUAUCUAUAGAGAGAGUUUACUAUCACUUCCUAAUGACUCUGAGGAAGAAAGUGGUGACUUUGAGGAAGUAAGUGAAGAUGGCCAGCUCAUGAGUUCCUUAGAGGAAGGACGUGAAGAUGACCAAUAGUAACUGACAAUAAUAAUUAGUGUAUGGAAUUCUUCAAACUAAGAUCCUAUAGAAUUUAUAAUUAGGUGACAUUCAGUUUAAGCUCAUCUUUUCCAGCAGCCCAUGAAGGGUGUAAGAGUGCAGUACACAGUUACGCUUGAUGUCCUGGCUUGCCUUCAAAUGAUGAUACUUAGCAUUUGUUCAAUCUCUACUUAGUUGUACUGUAAGGUAUUGUGCUGUUACUCAUUUUGACUUGAAGUUAUGGUGUCAAUCUUAAUCAUCUAGGAGCUAAUAGAAGGGAAGGGUUGAAGGAGGUUGUAACUAAUCAAGUUAUGAUAUGGAUUGAUCUCGCAUGUGGUCAGUUUAACCCUUAAUCAUACUGAUGUUCAUAAGGCAUCUGUCCAGUUUCAUGAUAUCUGUAGAUACUUUCAUUGCCAUAGCCCAUUGGAAAUGAUGGUGCAAAUGUGUAAGGAAGGAUUGAAUAGUUUUUAGCUUACGCCGAACCUUACCCAUUACUUUUUCUUCCUCUGUGUAGAUUAUAGUUCUCUGCAUAAGGUAGCAAACUUUGUUAUUUGGAUGUUUUAUUUUUUUGGUUCCUACUCUGCACUUGAUGUGUGUGUGAUUCUAUUGCACUCAAUGCAGAAGCUCUCAUGUCUCUCCAAGCUAAAAGCUUUUCUUUUUGCAGCAUCAGACAGACAGGCAUAUAUAUAUGCCAACAACAAAAAUUGGAGGCAUAAGUUGUGAUUUUAUUCCAUUUUUCAUAGAACUUGGUGCACUUUAAAAAAGCUAUUCCACGAUUUACCAACAAAGAAAAAAUGUAAAUUUAUCUAUUCAAUUCCCAUUUUCAAAUAUCGGACACCGCACAUAUAACUCAGUUUUUCUUAUAUAACAUUGAAGACUGUCAUAUUUUCUCCUCCUUUCUAUCUUAUAAAUUUGAUUGUCUAGAUAAUUUUCAUUAUUUGUGUCAGAAACUAAUCUCAGAGAGUCAAGCUUGAGUGCAAUUUCAGCCUUGGGGGUGUUUAUCCUUGUCUGGCCGUCUCGAUGAAGUUGCAAAGCUGCAGCAAAAAAAAGGUCCUUGUUAUCCAGGGCAAAGAGACAACCUGGAUUGAACAUGAUCAUAAAAUGAGUGGAACAACUUGGAAGACAAACUGUAUUGACUAGGAAAAUGCACCCUAUGAAGGGUAGUUGCUGCAACAGUAAUGAUACGAGUGAUGAGGAUGAUCAUGCUCCCAAAUUAUGAUUGUUAUCUUUACAUUCAUUACUUCUUUCAUUUCUCUCUCUAUGUGUCUACCCUCCGUUAAUGUCUAUGAAUCAUAUUUUUGUAACGUAAUGGUAAAUUGGUUGUGAGGUUUUCUUCA